AUGCCGGAAUCAAAAGAGACAGAGACAAGCGCUUCAAUGCCUGGAAACAGUGACGAACAGCCCACAUCGAGUCAAAUAGUUCAAACCUCAGAGUUCUUGCCUGUUUUAGACCAAGAUUUGUACGAGUUCUUCCAGGAAAUCACGUCUGAAAUCCAGAAGCUCGGAUGUUCGAGGGCGGAAGCAGUGGCGCGCAUCAACGAAGCUUGGGGCCAGGUGGAUUUCGAACCAGAUGAUAUUGUCUACCAUGAAGAACCCAAGUUCUGGGCCUACCGUCACUACUAUAAGGAAGUGCUAUCGUGGGAUGAGGGCGCAGACCGGUCGAACUGGAAAGUCCGAGAUGCACCACCCCCAGGGUCUGCUUCGUGGACGUUGAAGGAAGAAGUUGAUGUAUAA